AGAGAGAGAGAGAGAUCAUGGACAAGUGUAUUCAAAUCCCUGCAGUCACCAGCUGAGCACCAUUCGCUGCAAGUGGGCUGCUGUCAUACGUUAGCUGCUCUUCUAUAUUCCUGCCCUUUCCAUGAUACUGUGAUUUUUCCUGCUAUGGAUUUUCUGUGCUACUUCAGGAACACCUGGGAUAAAAUUGAAUCGAGAGCUAAACUGAUUCAUAUUUGCUUUUGAAAGACAUCUCGGACUUGUCAACAUACAGGUGGAUCGCUUCGUUUUUUUUUUUUUUUGAAGAAUAAGACCAUAAUAAGGUCGUUCAGACUGUAUUGGGAAUAAGGAUUUAUCUGAAGCACGCUGGAUGCUACAGUGCGUGGCAAAAUACAUUGGACUGGUUCUGGCUCCAGGGGAAGAUGCCUGCUAUCCUGGUGGUCACUAACAUGAAGUCUGGACUGCCAAAGCCGAUCCACAGCGCCCUCCCCAUCCCUCAGGUGCCCACCCGGGCUGUGCCCCCCCGGCCCUGCUUCACCGGUCCCCCGCAGAGCAGCGCUCACCUCCACCUUGGGAGCGACUGGGCGACGGGCAAAAACUACCAUCCUGCUGAUAGUGAAGAGGACACACAGAUCUACACGGACUGGGCAAAUCACUACUUGGCCAAAUCGGGACACAAGCGCCUGAUUAAAGACCUGCAGCAGGAUGUGAGCGACGGCGUGCUGCUGGCUGAGAUCAUCCAGGUUAUCGCAAAUGAGAAGAUUGAGGAUAUUAAUGGAUGCCCUAAGAGUCGUUCUCAGAUGAUUGAGAACAUUGAUGCCUGUCUGAGCUUCCUAGCAGCCAAAGGUGUGAACAUACAAGGACUAUCAGCUGAAGAGAUCCGGAAUGGAAAUCUGAAAGCCAUCUUGGGUCUUUUCUUUAGCCUGUCUCGAUACAAGCAGCAGCAGCAGGCGAUCAGACAGACGCACACGCAACACACACAUUCACACGCUCCCUUAAGCCAGCAGAGCAGCGCUCCGGCCCAGCUGAUCUCCACCUCGCAUGGGACACACACCUCAGCCUCACAUACUCACAAAACGCAAGCAGAGAUGCAGUCCAGGGAUGGCUCUCAGAGUAAACUCAAGUUUUCCAUUGGUCAGAAAAAGUCUUCUAGAUUACCUGGCCCCACCUCGAGGAUGUCCACUGCGGGCAGUGAGAGUUCUCCUCGAGGCUCCAUCAGUUCAGCAGGGAAUCGCCGCAGUCAGGUGUUCAGCGAUAAAGCCAAACCUGCAGCAGCUCAGGCCAAAGAAUCAUCAGAGAGUAUCGCAUCACAAGGUGUGACUGAGCAUGCUCUGUCAUCCCUGGUGUCCGCCUGCACCUCUGUUAGCACCAGCACUGUGGCAUCUUCAUCGUCUUCAUCAGCCAUCCCCCAGCCCAACUCGAGUAGCAAACCCUGGAGAAGCAAAUCUCAGAGCACCAAGCACACUGCUACCUCCACCGCUACCUCCACGGUGCUUUCCAUCAAGCCAGAUCUCCAAGCCAAGCAGCCUGUGCCUGCAGAUCCGCCACCGAAAGCUGUGCCUCAGAAGUCCAUGCUGGAGAAACUCAAACUUUUCAAUAGCAAAGGAGGCUCCAAGUCAUCCACACAAACAGAGGGCGCUGUUACGUCGACAGGAGGAAAAGAUGCCGGUUUGGUUUUGGAAAGAGUCGAGGCUGGUUCCAAUACAGAACCCUUUGAGGAAAUGGAUGGUAAUGUCCGACCCACGAAUGGAUCAAGUUCUGUUAACUUGACAACCAGCAGCCCAAAGAUUGCGCUGAAGGGUAUCGCACAGCGGACCUUUAGCCGGGCGCUCACGGCGAAAAAAGCCUCAACUAAAGCUGUAGAGAAAGAAAAGGAAAAAGCUAAGGAGAAAGACAAAAACGGGAAGGAGGGGUCCAAGCGUGUCCCUGCCUCGGAAAAGGUAGAGACCAAAGAAGAAGUUAAAGAGGAAGUUGUUCCAUCAAGCGGAAUUGCUCCCUCCGAGGCAGAGCCCAGGAAAGCCUCGAAAAUCGCCAGUUUUAUACCCAAAGGCGGCAAGAUGGGCGUUACCAAGAAAGAUAGCUCCGCCCCUGUGCAGAGCGGAAUUCCAAAACCAGGAAGUAAAAGCACAGGAAAUGGAGCGGUAAAAAGCUCAGCGCUGCCUCUCGGUGGUAAGGAUAAUGAGAGGCCUCGCAGUAUGCGUCUGGGAGGGGGUCUGGGACUUCAUAGGGACAGUCGGCAUUCCUCGUCUUCUUCCAGCCUGGCUUCCACCGAGGGCAAAGGACACCAAACGCACAGUGGUGCCCCGGUGGCCAACGGAACACAAUCCACGGCCAGCAACACAGUCAGUGUGCAGCUGCCUCAACCCCAGCAGCAAUACAACCACCCCAACACAGCCACCGUAGCACCCUUCAUGUACAGGUCUCAGAAUGAGGCAGAAGGAAACAUUGGCACAAACCCAAGCUCUGGAUGCUGCAGUAGUGACUCCAGUAGCUUCAGUAAGAUCAGCCAGUCUUCAACUGAGGACCUGUCAGGUGAAGAUCCAGAAACAAGACGCCUAAGGACUGUGAAAAACAUUGCUGACCUGCGGCAAAAUUUAGAAGAGACCAUGUCAAGUUUGCGGGGGACGCAAAUCACACACAGUACACUGGAGACCACUUUCGAUGGUGGUGUGACCACUGAAAUGAGCGGUCGCAGCAUCCUCAGCAUGGCUUCGCGAUCUGCGCCGCUGUCCUGGGCCAGUCGCAUGGGCCAGUCCAGUCCUCGUCUACAAGCAGGAGACGCUCCCUCGGUUGGUAACGGGUAUCAGUCCCGGAGCGGAGGGGUGGCGUCCGGCCAGGGCCGGUAUCUGUACCAGGCUCCUCUACGGAAGCAGCUGGCAGCACGCGGCAGCGCCGUCUGUGGUCUGGAGCUGGGAGACAGGGUGGAGGAUCUGGAGCUGGCAGGUGUGGGUCUGGAAAUGAGUGGCUAUAUGAGUGAUGGAGACGUGCUGGCCAAGAACGCCCGCACUGAUGAGCUGACCAGUGGGUACAUGACGGAUGGGGGAUUGAGUCUGUAUACGCGGCGUUUGAACAGGUUGCCGGAUGGGAUGGCAGUGGUACGGGAAAGUCUGCAGCGUAAUGCCUCCACCGGUCAGGGAGAUGCUGACAGUUGGGAUGACAGCAGUUCAGUCAGCAGUGGGAUCAGUGACGCUAUUGAUACUGAUGACAUCAACACCAGCUCCUCCAUAAGCUCUUAUGCCAACACCCCCGCCGCGCCCCGAAAGGCCCUGAACGGACAGCCUCAGACAGAUGCAGAGAAGCAUUCAGCAGCCGAACGCAACACUGCUUGGUCUAGUGAUGAGGUCAAGAAGUCAGAUGGGGGUUUGGAUUGUGGCAUCAAAAUGGAUGCUGGUCUGAAGUGGCGGAGGAACCCUUCAGAUGUAUCGGAGGAGUCUGAUAAGAGCAGCUCUGGACGGAAAAACGCACCCAUCACUCAGACUGGCUCUUGGAGGAGGGGCAUGAGCGCGCAGGUGGGCGUGACCGCACCGCGGACGAAAAGUACAACCGUAACCACGGGAACUGGCGUGAAUAAGACACAAGGGACAGGUAAAACAGAUGACGCUAAGGUCUCUGAAAAAGGCCGUAUGUCUCCCAGUUCCAACAUCGCCCAGCAUUCUUCCUCUGAUGCCGGUCGAAGCAGCGGAGAUGAAGCCAAGAAAACCCCAGCAGGUCGAGUUCCCACAAGCACAUUCGGUUUCAAGAAGCCUAAUGGCGUCCACGGCCCAGCCACUGUGGUGACCACCUCCAGUAUCACUCUGGUGACAGCGAGCGGCGCCACUAUUACCAGCGGCUCCGCCACCCUGGGCAAGAUACCCAAGUCCUCCGCCCUUCUGGUCGGUGGGAGGGGGUCGUUAAAAGGGGCCGUGGAUGGUUUAUUGCCCCCUCAGGAGGACGGCUACCUGUCCCCCAGUGCUCGUUCGACACUGCAGUACCGUAGUCUACCUCGACCCUCCCGCUCUGGAGCCGCAGCCCGCAAUGGAAACCGAUCGUCCACAAGCAGCAUUGAGGCAAGCCUGAGUGCCCGAACACCCAUCCUUACUGCCGUCACGGCCAAUAAGCCGAGAGAUUCUGCUGCUAAAACCAAUGGGCACGUAAUCCAAGCCAAUCAGACAGACAAAGAGAAGGGCGUGACCUCGGAGAUGGACAACCUAAGAACAAAUCCGAUUGUUUCGGGAGGAGGGGCGGCAACUAUUCCACAGACAGCGAGACAGGGGAACAAGUACAGCGAGGUCUCGUCCCCAACAUUGCGAAGACUUUUUGGAGGUAAGGCUGCCAAGCAAGCCCCAGUCACCACUGCAGAGAGCAUGAAAAACUCUGUCGUCAUCUCCAACCCCCACGCUACUCUUGGGCACACCCAGUCCUCCAGUGGGCCCUUGGACUCCCCCUCUACAAUACCAGGUAGCGGCGGCAGCAGUCCUCUGUACGGGGGUCGCGGUGCCAGCAUAGGCGGCAGCGAACAAGCUUCGAGCCCUGGUUCAGUGUACUCUACGGGCACAGGGACCUGGGGAACCACCAUAAGCAGCUCUUCGGCUCUCGGGUACCCCUCCGUGAGCAGCAUGCACACCAGCAGCGAGUCCAUUGACAUGUCUGUAGGCAGUGGGCAUCACCGUGAUGAUGUUCACCCGGCACUGAUGAGAACGGGUAGUGCCAAGACGGGCAUGUCAGAGAGUCCCCUCUCCUCUCCCUCUGCGAGUCCUAAAUUCAGCCGUAACACAUUGCCAAGGAAGCAAGACAGCGAUUCCUGCAGAGAUAGAAGCACGCUUCCCAAGAGGGGACUCAAGUACAGGUACGCCCCUUCACCACAGCUGCGUCAGGAAGAAGCGCGUGAUUGGCUGCGCUCACAUUCGGCUGGUGGAUUGCAGGACUCAGCCAGUAACUCUCCCUUCUCCACCGGUUCCAGCUUGACGUCACCCUCUGGAACACGAUUUAACUUUGCUCAACUUGGAAGCCCCACAACAGGUGCUCAGAUUAACCUGGCCAGCCUGCGCAACAACAGCCUGACCAAUCAGGACAACCAGCUGGACAGCCACGGUGAUUCCCGUCUGCGCAACUCCUGCAUGUCGCUGGACGAGAAGACCCGCACCAUGAGCCGGUCGGGAUCCUUCAGGGACGGGUUUGAGGAAGUUCAUGGAUCGUCCCUCUCGCUAGUGUCCAGCACCUCAUCUGUCUAUUCAACGACGGAGGAGAAAUCACAGUCAGAGAUCCGCAAGCUGCGUCGAGAACUGGACGCCUCCCAGGAAAAGGUGUCCGCCCUGACAACACAACUCAGUGCCAAUGCCCACCUGGUGGCAGCAUUUGAGCAGAGUUUGGGUAACAUGACCAUCCGACUGAAGAGCCUCACCAUGACCGCAGAACAGAAAGACUCUGAGCUGAACGAGUUGAGGAAAACCAUUGAGCUGCUAAAGAAGCAAAACGCAGUAGCUCAAGCAGCCAUCAAUGGUGUCAUCAACACUCCAGAACUCGCCUGCAAGAGUGAACGCACAGGUAAUAAUGGUUCAUCCCCCGGAGCGCAGCCGGACCUGCGCAUGCGCAGACAGCACUCAUCUGACAGCGUCUCCAGCAUCACCAGCGCCACCAGCCACUCCAGCCUGGGCUCCAACAUGGACAACGCCGACUCCAACAGCAAGAAGAAGAAGAAGAACUGGCUGCGGAGCUCCUUCAAACAGGCUUUCAGUAAGAAAAAAUCACCCAAGUCGGCCUCGUCCCACUCAGACAUUGAGGAGAUGACGGAUUCCUCUCUCCCUUCCUCUCCCAAACUCCCUCACAACGGCACCAGCACCUCGGCACUGCUGCUCCGCAACACACACUCCAGCUCAAUACUGUCAGACUGUCUGGAUGGGGAGGCGGAGACUGUGAUGCAGCUGCGUAAUGAGCUGCGAGAGAAGGAGAUGAAGUUGACAGACAUUCGACUGGAAGCCCUAAGCUCCGCCCACCAGCUGGACCAGCUGCGGGAGGCUAUGAACCGCAUGCAGGUGGAGAUCGAGAAAUUAAAGGCGGAAAAUGAUCGUCUUAAGUUGGAAACCCAAGCCAGUGGGAGCAGGGCGUCCUCUCAAGUGUCCGUCUAUAACCCAACUCCGACCCCGACACCUGGCCUGUCUCAACACAGCCUCAACCUCACAGAGUCCACCAGCUUCGACAUGUUGCUGGAUGAUUCUGGUGGAGACGGAAGUUCUCGUAAAGAGAGCAGACAUGUGAAGAUAGUUGUCAGUCUUCAAGACAACGUCACGUGGAAAGAGGACAGCAGGACUCAAGACUUCCUGAUUGGCUGCAUAGGUGUCAGUGGAAAAACCAAGUGGGAUGUUCUUGAUGGGGUUGUGCGGCGCUUGUUUAAGGAGUACAUCAGGCAUGUUGAUCCGGUCAGUCAUCUGGGUCUGGGUUCAGACAGCGUGGAGGGCUAUCGUAUUGGAGAUGUGAUCCGGUCCAGCGGGGCAGACACACCUGAACUCCUGCCUUGUGGAUACCUUGUGGGAGAGAAUGACACAAUCAACAUCUCGCUGAAAGGUGUGAACUCUCAGUCCCAGGAUUCUCUGGUCUUCGAGACGUUGAUUCCCAAACCGAUGCUCCAGCGUUACGUGUCUUUGCUCCAGGAACAUCGCAGGAUCAUCCUUUCAGGCCCCAGCGGCACUGGAAAAUCCUACCUGGCUCACAGACUGGCGGAGCAUCUGGCGCUACGAGAGGGCAAACUGCCCAGUGAGAGCAACAUUGUCACCUUCAAUGUCGACCAUAAAUCCAGCAAGGAGUUGCGUCAGUACUUGGCAAAUAUAGUGGAGCAGUGCAGCGCUGAGGGACAGGAGACUGAAGCCCCUCUCGUGCUCAUUCUGGACAACCUUCAUCACGUCAGCUCACUGGGAGAGAUGUUCAACGGCCUGCUUAACUGCAAAUACCAGCGCUGUCCGUAUAUAAUUGGCACUAUGAGUCAGGCGACAUCUUCUGCUCCAAACCUGCAGCUUCAUCAUAACUUCAGAUGGGUGCUGUGUGCUAACCACAUGGAGCCGGUAAAAGGUUUCCUGGGCCGGUUUCUGAGGAGGAAGCUGAUCGAGACGGAGAUCGGCAGCCGAUCACGGACACCGGAGCUGGUGAAGAUCAUAGACUGGAUCCCUCAAGUCUGGCACCACCUCAACCGCUUCCUGGAGGCUCACAGCUCCUCUGAUGUGACCAUUGGUCCACGUUUGUUUCUGUCCUGUCCGAUGGAUGUGGACGGUUCUCGUGUUUGGUUCACUGACCUGUGGAACUACUCCAUCAUCCCCUACAUGCUGGAGGCUGUGAGAGAAGGUUUACAGCUGUAUGGUCGCAGAGCAGCAUGGGAGGAUCCUGCACUGUGGGUUCUGGAAACGUUUCCAUGGGCCGCUUCUCAUCAGCAUCCUGAUUGGCCAGCUUUGUUGCAGCUCCGCCCUGAGGACGUGGGCUUUGAUGGAUACUCCGCCUCCAGAGAGGGCCUUAACAAACAGAGCACUCAGAGUGACAGUGAUGCCGACCCACUGAUGAACAUGCUCCUGCGUCUGAAAGAGGCAGCCAGCUGCUCCAGCCCGCAGAGUUACGACAGCGACUCCAAUAGCAACAGUCAUCAUGACGAUAUCCUGGACUCUUCGCUGGAGUCCACGCUAUGAUCCAGCCUGAUCCAUUAUGCCAUUUAAUUCCUUCACUGUUAUGCCAGCUGAAGCAGCGAAAUCAAGUCUACAUGAAAUCACAAUGGGUGCUGGUAACCCAAAUAAAGAAUGACACUUCAUAUAUAAAAAGAUAUAUAUAAAGAAAUAUAUAUAUAUAUAUAUAUAUAUAUAUAUAUAUAUAUAUAUAUAUAUAUAUAUGCGGCAAAACUCCACGGCACUUCAAGCUGCCUCGUGUAAAAUUUGACUCAACAAAAUCGGAAGAAAGUGCUUUGUCCCAAUUUUUACCUCAAAAGUAAAAGUGCGGUCACAUUAACGAAUUUCUCUGGACAAAAUUGUCUUGUCAAUAGUGUAGCGACGUAUGAAGCACAGCUCACAGAAGUCGCUUUCAAACAAACAGCUUUCUGUUGUUCAAAGCGGUGAAUCCAUGUGACCAACUUGUACCCUUCGCAAAAUCUUUCGCCCUCACACGAAAUUCCAGAUUGCGUGGAACGAGUGGAUUUCGCCUGCAUAAAUUCGCCGAACAUACAUAAAUGUGGCCGCACCUUAACAGUUGGAGAAACUUUCACGCACAAUGCAACGCUCGUUUGUCUUACUACCCUCUACUGGUGAAAUGGAGGAGUUACAUCUUUAGACCAUCACCUUGGUGUCAGCGUCUCGUCCAUUCACCGUCCACCUUCAUCGCUUGAAAGAGCAUCGACUUUCCCACUAUUGAUGGAUUUGCUCAUGACCUUACAAAACCAGCUUGAUCGGAUGCUGACCAUCGUUCCAUGUUUAACUUGAUAGCAUGGUGCUACACUUUUGUGAGAUCAGACUUAUUUAUUGUGACGAAUGGAAAAAAAAAUACCUCGUUUACCAUCUGGGACGUGUUUUAUUUGCCCUUCUGCAUAUUGUCGUUUUUUUUUAAACCACCUGCUGACCGCAUGAUCCAGUGUUGUACUGUAGCACAAAGCCUAUCUAUCUAUUUUUUAGCCUCAGUCGCUCUCUGUUUUAGGUGCUGAAUGGAAUCUGGUGCCUUACUCCAUUUUGUAAAGAAUACGGCACUAUGUUUUAUACUUCCAAAAAAAAAAAAAAAUGCUGAUUUUACUACAUUUCGUAAUUGAGCUACAGGGCUCUGCGCUACUCUUUGAGUUUGCCUAUAAUAACAGCCUCAUAGUCAUCAUAUCAUAUCAGAGGCACAACAAUUUGUGGUUGGGAAAAGAGGAAGUGGAUAAAGGGAGCCUCCAUCUGUUUUCAAAUUUGCCUACCUUUUUUUUCUGCUAAAAGGGACAUUUUACAGUUUCAAACAUGAGAAAAAUGAUGCAUUGUUGCAUUUAUAUAUGUGAAAUACAUAUGAUCACUACUGGCCAAGUUCAUCUUGAGUGGUUAAGCUGUAAGGCUUUGCUUGGUGCUUAAAGACCUUCACAAAUACAUCUUGGCAAAAGAAAAGUGUGCUGCAGGAGAAAUCAUUCAUAAUUUGGUGUAUGAGUAUUACCUCAUUGACCAUUUUGGCCUUUAUCAUGUACAUAUCUUGCAUUCAAUGUGAAAGAGUAACACACGUCCACAUAGACAUUGGAUUAAUAAUAUACUGUAUUUGCUGCUUUAUAAUGCGAGGAUGCUUCUGGAGGGUUUGUAUAUACAAUUUUAUCUUUGAUUCUCUAUAAAGGAACAUUAUUUGGAUGGAUAGUGAGUUUCCUUGCAUGGAAAAGCAUUAUACAUGGGGCUAUUCAGUGUUUUCACCUUCUUUACGUUGUCUAAUGCUGUUUGUAUGGCACUACAGGGUUUUAGUUCCAACAUUGCUUCCAUUUCACUCCAGCGUAUGAUUCCUGUAAGUCAUCGAUCCUAUGCAACAUCAUCGUGGAUUUAAAACGGAAGCCAAAUAUUGAAGCUCUGUAAUGCUGUCAGCACUGCCAAUACAUUGUGUGUACACUGUGUAAAUAAUUUUGUGAAUAAUUUUAGGAUAUGUGCCUAAUAUUCUUUGAUGGAUUAUGAUGAUGAUGAAGUCAUUUUAAGCACAAAUGUUGUAUGUGAUUGUUGUAACUGAAAUGGGAGGGCUAUAAUCGAAUGGAACUCGUGUCACUGAAUGUGUACUUUGCUGAAACCUUGUUUCUUGCUGUAAUAUAUCAGUGUAAAUAUUUGACUACCCUGCAGGCUGCAUUUUGCUGAAUAAUCUUUUUCUAGCCAUUUAUAACAGUGCUUGGAAAUAUGGAAUAUUUUGUGUACAGUGUCUUUUUCAUCUUAACAGUCGUCUAGUUUCCCAUGGAUGAUCUGUGAAAUACAGACGACCCACAAAGAUUUACUGAUCACGUUACCUGUUUUAAAUUAUUUGUAAUUCAAUAAACUUAAUAAUUAUUUAUUAA